GGUAUUAUCCCUAAAGCAAUGAGGAUAUAGAUGAUACCGAAAAACCGUUUUGGCGACGAAAAUUGUUGAUGUUAUAAAAUAUAUGUUUGAUGUGAUAUUGUAUAUCGGUUACUCGAGUUAGACCCCAAUGCCCCGGCUUUCGAGAUGCAAUCCCCUUCACCUCGACUGCGCCACUACAGGACUAUGACGGCAAUAUGUUUCGUUUGCAAUCUACCAAUCCUUUCCCACCAAGUGGGCCUGGUUUGGGCUGGAGGCAACGGAUGGGACGAGCUCACACGCUCUACUCUAGAAGAAACCACACUGAGGCAGAGGUUAGGCAAUCGAAGAGACUCCGCAGCACAAGUCUCAUGCUUGUCUCCACCGGAACCCGACGCAGCGGAUCAACCAAGAGGUGGCCCUCGUCGCCGUCGUUCAUCCCUAGCACAACUGACCGAUAUUUUACGCGAAUGGGGUGGAGGAGGAAGCAAUGCCCCAAGAAGACAAAGGGCACCCUUAUCACGACGGGAAACAUUAGCAGACCUUGCUCGGUCUCUACCCUGGGCCCGCCACGAGCCUCCAGUUCGCAGACGUCGAGAUUCUUCUGCAGAUUCAGGGAUCAAGUCAAUGGCUUCCAAACGUCGCGACUCAAAAGUUGCUCACCAAGACUUCCGUUCAGACAAUCCCCCUUGUUUUGAAAGAAAAGAUUCCACCACAAUUAUACCUUCCCGAGAGCGGCGAAUCAGACGUCGCGGCUCCGGAGAUGACAAAGAGCGUAGAGAUUCAGUAGAUGGACAUAGACAUAGAAGAGAUUCCGUGGUGGCUCCACCUCCGAGAAUUGUUGCCACACAUAAAAAAAGAAGACCAUCCCCACCAAUGCAGGCACCACCCUCAUUUGUUGAUGCUUCUUCAGAUCCCGGGCCAUCUCACGUACCAGCAGUAACUAUAGUAACAGUGCAUGAGCCAAGUCGAUCUGAUGGUGAAUGCCCACCGAUAACAAUGCCAACUAUCAUAACCUCCGCGGUGACGCCAUCACCAACAUCGCCUACUGUCCCCAGUGUCAACACAGCUACGACUCAAGCUUCUCCCACGCCAUCUGUCAACCAAGUCAGUCAAGGUACACAAGAGUGCCAAACGAUUCAAACUACACAAACAACUCCAGGAGGGAGGAGUCCUCCUAAUUUAGGAGGACGCCGAGACUCAACAACUCAAUGUGGUCGGACAAGAAGAGACUCACGUGCCGCUGCUAGCCCAGAACGCCGGCUAGGUCGAUUACAAAGGCAAGCAACUGCAUUUGAUGAUCCCAUUGGCCCACCUGGAACAAGGCGACCUUCUCUAGAGCCAGAUGAUGCUGGAAGAGCUCGCCGUGACUCUUUAAGUCCCGAUUCUGCCGUUAGGUCAAGACGUGAAAGAAAUCAGCUUAGUCCUGACCGGGCUGGUGGCGGUGAAUUAAGCCCAUCAGCAGCACGAAGACGAAGUCGAUUGAGAAGACAAGCUUCUUGUGCUAGAAUGGGACGAGCUAGAAGCCCAGAGUCUAGUUCUUGUUCUAGUCGUGAUCCUAGCCCUUGUGCAAGGCCCCCUGAAAAAACGAUUUUUAGAAGACAAUCAACAACUGAAGAGAUAUUAAUAGCCAGAGGCUUUCGUCGUCAAUCUACCACGGAGGAAAUGAUACGGUGUCGUAACUUUAGGCGGCAAAGUUCCCAAAGUGAUGAUGCCUGCAUGCGCGCUAGAGGUCGCCGCGAUUCAUCGACUCAAAUAUUAGAUGGCACCAUCGGAACUAUGACUGUUGAAACAACUAGCACUUUUUUCGAUUCAAGCACACAAACUGAACCUUCCCCGCUGUAUGACAACAACCAUUACCACGAGGAAUGUCUGCGUUGCAACUCCUGUGGAUUAAACCUCACUGGACCCAAUCAGAAACGUGCGAGGCGGUUCAAGAAUCAUAUACUCUGCGAUCUGCACUUCGCAGACGUAGCGCUGAUGGAGUGUAGCGACUUUAUGCAACAGCUUCGCAGCUUCAAACCCCAGUCACUGGGCUGCGCAGUCGCCAGGCGGAAAUCUUCCACCACAUUAAUAUUCCCUCUUCCGCCGCAGGCGUGCUCAGAUGAAUUCUGUGAAGAAUAUCCACAUAACUUGAUACCAACGCCUGGCUACUGGAUCGAGUGUUCAAGGCAGAAGAUCGCGACAGACACGAUAUGGGACGAAUCCGAAUCGGAACACGAUAGUGGACCAGACAGAGAAAAUGAAAAUGACCGUUACCGAAGAUCCGGUUCCCUUGACGAAGCGGCGGAAGACAGCAGUGACAAUGGCGGAAGUACGCCCAAAAAGAAAACCGCGAUCGAGGAACAAUGGGAGAGGUCGGGAGGCUUCGAACUGACCUCCGUGGAACAGGAGACAUAUGAAAAGUACUUUUAUGGAACUGAACACUGGAACUACUUCACAAAUGAUGAAGAUCUUGGACCUGUGAUAUUGUCUAUUAAGCAAGAAACUCUGAACAACAGGGAUCAGUUUAGGAUUUUAGUUCGAGCGAUAAGUUACACAGUGCAUGGAUUGAUCCCAGCAUCAUGUGUGUUCGCGGACCGGUACAAUCGCGAAGAAGUGGUGAGGUCUCUCGGCAAGGAGGUUAAUAUAAACCCACCGCUUAUGCUGGGACAGCUGCCCGACACACCUGAGGAAUUACUGAAGCUUGAUCAGGUAUUCAUCAAGUCGGAGCUGAAAGUCGGUGUUAUUUACGUCAAAGAGAACCAGUACACUGAAGAGGAAAUAUUGGAUAAUAAUGAAAAUUCGCCGCUCUUCGAGGAAUUCCUGCAAGUGCUUGGUGAAAAAGUACGAUUAAAAGGUUUUGACAGAUAUAAAGGUGGUUUGGACACUGUACACGAUUUGACUGGACUAUACUCAGUGUACACUAACUGGCGAAGCAUAGAAAUAAUGUUUCAUGUGUCAACACUGUUGCCAUAUGAAAGGCACGAUCCUCAAAAGUUACAAAGAAAACGGCAUAUUGGGAACGAUAUUGUGUGCGUCGUGUUCCUCGAAGCUGACAACACUGCGUUCUCGCCUGCUUGUAUCAAAAGUCAUUUUCUGCAUACGUUUAUUUUAGUACGAGUGGCAACGAAAUCGAAAAAGCGACCAACAAGAUAUGAAGUUUCCGUCGUCACUCGUGAUGAAGUGGGUGCCUAUAAGCCUUACUUGUGGGAGCAGAGCGUCUUCGACAAAGGACCUAUGUUCAGGGAAUGGCUAUUGACGAAAAUCGUGAACGGUGAACGAGCGUCCUACUCAGCUCCGAAGUUCGCUAGGAUGCAGGAACGCACGCGCAGCCAAAUGUUAGAAGACAUUGUUGCUAAUCUUCAGAACCACGCCGAGACCGGACAAAUACCUAAACCUUAUAGACGUGGAUCAUGGCGUCCAAUAGGCCACAUGCGGCCUUCGUCGCCAUUACUGGAUUCCGUACGGGAUCAGUUUGAAGACUACGAUCAGUUGGCUAAAGAUUUCACUAGAGUAUUUCUUAAUAAUGAACUGAAUACAGCACAGAACGCACAAUUGUUUGACGUUGUGUUCCUCGUGGGACAAUCGAAGCAGAAGACGCGGUUUAUUGGAGUUAGGGCUAUUCUUGGAGUAAGGAGUCGAGUGUUCCAAGAAAUGCUGUACGGCAUCCAAACGGGUUUCGGUUCACCUCAAGUUCCGGUGGCGGAGCUCUUGGCCCGACCAGCUCCAACUCUGCUCUCCCCUACGCCGGCUAAACAGAAAAGCAGCAACUUUUUACAAGUACCAGACAUUGAGUCACCCAGACCAAAAAGUGUCCCAAGUUCUCCGAUGGUGAAGCGCGCAUUUUCCCGCCUCGGGACUAUAACAGCAGGUUGGGGCAGAUCCAUCAGAAAACAACAUUCUCAACUUAACGCAGACGAUAAGAAGAAGUGGGCCAGUUCGCAAGAUUGUUCCAAUAAAGAGAAUAAAGAAAAGGAGAAAGAGAAGAACGCAGCUUUAGCCGUGCCAAGGUUAUCAGUAUGCGCAGAUGCGCAAAAAGUCGAUCGUGCCAAAUUAGCUCAGACUGAGUUCUCCAUAAUAGAAUUCGACCCUGAAACAUUCCGUAUCCUCUUGGACUACUUACACACGGGCAGCUGUCCUCUCACCUGCGCGUCCAUUCCGGGACUCAUCUGUGCAGCUGAGCAUUAUGACUUACCAGAACUGCUGCAGGCCUGCUUCCACCACGCCAAACAGUUUCUGAGGAUAGAAGUGGUGUGCACAAUGCUUAUAUCUCUAGAAAAUUACUACUGGAGAUACACAUCCGCCUCGGAACUAGUAAACAUGAUACUUGCAUUCAUAGAACAACGCGCCUACGCCCUAUUCCAGACACCGGAGUUCCUAAACCUCUCAGAAUCAAUGGUCCAAAUGAUAAUGUGCAGAAAUCUCGAAGUACCAGAGGUCCGCAAAUUUGAGGCCAUGCUCAGUUGGGCGAGAAACAAAAUCAAAUCGAAAUCUGCCAACAAGACUGACGCCAAAAAUGAAUUCAAAUGCAUCAUGGAGCGGUUAGCGAGGGAUCUGAAGCUGUACAGAAUAUCACCACAGGAGUUGAUCAAAGUGGUGCUUCCUUCAAAAGCUAUCAAGAACGAAAGAAUCCUGGAGACACUAAUGUACCAAGCAAAUUCCGGGAUGUAUAGGAUCCAAGAGGAUUAUAUAGAGGCCUGCCAGCAACGUAUUCAGAAGCAAGACUCUAGAUUUUCCGAAUUCGAAAGUUUUGACUACGGCAUAUAAUUGGAGCUGUGAGGAAUAUCAGUGUAUUAGAAUAGGAACUGUCCUGCAAGAAAACUUUCGGUAAAUUUUAGUAUGGCAUAAAACAAUCUUUGUAGCAACGUUCUAGAUAGAGGACUGAUCUUGCAACAUAUAAAGAGUCUGUCAACUCCAAGGUCUACGCAGAGCUUUAUGAACGGCAUAUGAAUUGAGUCCUUUAAGAGAUUCUGGAUCUCAAGGCUCUAGACUUGAGUCAUGAAAAAGUCGAAAUUUUUCUAUCAGGCCAGUUUGGAUCGGGUUCUUCUUCGUGGAAUGUUGAAGCCUUCUAAAGUAUUAUUGUUGUAGAUGUACUUUGUAGAGGUGCGAGAAAUAUUUGUACACUUCUCGGAUACCUAACCCUUGUUGUUGUUCAUUGAUACCUAUAUAUUUUAUACAUUAGCUAGACGUGUUCAGUAUAAUCAUCUCUAUUUUUGGUACCAGAAAUUUGGAAACAUGUCGAGUACAAAAUCGUGAUCGUAGUACGCUCAGGAACUGGGGAAUAUGUUUUUUUUUCUCUUUAUCAUCGUCCUUAUUACCGGUAAGCGCCUCCUAACUUUAAUCAAUAAACUAAAUUCAGCAAGAAGAUUUAAAUAUAUCUCAAAAUUAUAGCCCUAUUGACAGACAAGAUCGCAGAUGCUAAUGAUCAACUGUGUAGAAUCCGUGACCAUAACAUUACUUGAUUUUCCAUGGAUGUCAUUUAAAAUGUAAUGGCUGUCUAGGUAGUUAUUAAAUUUGGCCAUAAUUGUUUAGAAGUAGAGAUUUUCUUGGGAGGUGUUAAAAAAUGGAUUCGUCCGUUUUCAUCGGUAAUGGGGUUUUUUUUAAAUAAACAUACUCUUGUGGGAUUAUCUUUCUAAUGUAUAUUUAAUUUACAUUGAUGAUUAACCUUAUAUCUUGAAACUAUCCGCCCUUGCAGUUAACUAAUGUUGGAAUAAUUUUGCUCAUUAUAUUAUGAAUUAGAGUUUAAUGUCCCUUUUAUUGCAAUUAGAUAAGAUCCCCAGAUUGAUCAAAUUAAUAUUUAUUACUAGCAUUAAAGAAAUGAAUUAAAAAUGGCUGCAGCUUUGAGUAUUUACUAAAAAUUGGAUUUUAAAGACAAUAUAGGUAUAGCCAAAAAGUUUUAAACACAAUGUUUU